GUUCUGUGUGAGUCCCCUCAUAAUACAGGACAUUAAGGAUUUGGAUUCUACUUUUGGGGCGAGCUCAGAUCCAUUCCUGGAGAGACAGGGAGCUCACCAACGCAGUGCAGCUAUAAGAACUGUGACAGCCGAGGAGAGGAUGCCAGGGCACAGAAGAAGAGGAGGAAAACCUUCUGUUUGCGGAUCAUCUAAAAAAGAGCUGGAUGUGUUUUUGUUUAUUUUCUGAGCAAUUUUCCUCAUACAGUUCAUUUAUUCUUUUAUAAGUUUUUUUCUUCCUUCUUUUCUUAAACGCGUCAUAAACUCCAGACGCCUGAGGAAGGGAUGCAACACAAUCUUACCCCCACUGGGCUCAGAGCUUCCCACCAGCCAGUCAUCUUUGCCAUUUCUCACACAGAAGCCGCGUCGCUACAUGACAGUCAUGUAAAUAUAAAUCAAUUUUAAGGAUAUAAAAGACGAAUUGCGCGCCCUCGCCGAAGCGCAGCAUCAGCACCAGCCUCCGGUGCGCGUCCCCGCCCCGGUGAAGGCUGCCCAAGAUCCCGGCAAGAGGAGUUGGAGCCGCGCGAGUUAAAGUUGGGCUAAAAGGGGGGCGAGAGGAUGCUGCAGAAGGAUCCACGAUCUAAUUAACAUAAACCACACGGAGAAACGUGCCCUAAGUGAAGGAUGACUUGCAAAAUACUGAGCAUAUGCCUCUUGUUUUUGGGUUUUCAACAUUGCUCAUCACGAGAAUGUGUUGAUCCUCUGGUCUCCAGCCUCUAUGCCUCCUCUUUCCUGGCCUCCUCCAGAUAUAACUUUCUGUACUCAGCCAAUUUUGCCAAAUUGUACGGGAGCAGUGGUUGGUCCCCGUCCCCUAGGGACAGGCAGCCAUGGCUACAGGUCAACCUGGGCAGGAAGUAUCGAUUGCUAGCCAUUGCCACCCAAGGCACAUUCAACUCAUACGACUGGGUCACCAAGUACACUCUACUCUAUGGAGACCGACCGGAUUCCUGGACGCCGUACAUCAUGAAAGGAGGAAACUCUACGCUGCCUGGGAACUGGAAUUAUUAUCAGAUCAAGAGGAACGUCUUCCAUUACGCCUUCACCGCUAAACACAUUCGUCUGCUGCCCCUCGCAUGGAACACGGAGAACGGAGGGAAGAUCGGAGUGAGGCUGGAGCUUUUUGGAUGCCCUUAUGAUUCCUAUGUGCUACAGUACAAUGGCGACGACUCGGUCGUCUACAUGUACCCAGGGAAAAGGUCUCGCACGCUGCAGGACCACAUCGCCAUCAACUUCAAGACACUGGAGCAGGACGGCCUGCUUCUGCACAGCGAGGGGAUCCAAGGAGACGUCUUCACCCUGGAGCUGAAGAAGGGCCGACUGUACCUGUACAUCAGCCUGGGAAGCAGUGUCGUGCACCAAGUCAACGGUCGCACUACUUUGACGGCUGGCAGCCUCCUUGACGACCUGCACUGGCACUAUGUCACCAUUAAGCGCUAUGGGAGACAGGUGAACUUCACUGUGGACAGCCACACAGUCACAGCCAUCUGUAAUGGAGACUUCACACACCUUGACCUCGAUACACAGAUGUACGUAGGAGGAGUGAUAGAGCCAAACCUGCCUCACCUUCCCACUACACCUAAUUUCCGAGGCUGCCUGGAGAAUGUGUUCAUCAAUGGCAUAAACAUUAUUGACAAGGCUCAAAGAGAAGAUGACGAAAUCCGCAUACCUCGAAAGAAAAAGAUGCAUUACGCUUGCCGUGACAUCCUCCUCAAACCAAUGACCUUUGCCGGGCCCAACAACUACCUCCAGGUGCCUGGCUUCUUCAGGAGGCCUCGUAUGUUUGUCAAGUUCAAGUUCCGCUCCUGGGACUACACGGGCCUGCUCAUGUUCACGCGGUUCGCCGACGACCUGGGCGCCCUCGAGCUGGGUCUGAGCGAGGGCCAGAUUAACGUCACUAUAUUCCAGCCGGGAAAGAAGAAGCUCCAGUUUGCAGCAGGAUACCGGCUCAAUGAUGGAUACUGGCACACAGUGGAUCUGGCAGCCAGAGACAACCUGCUGACGCUCACCAUUGAUGAAGAAGAGGGCUCUCCGCUGAAGAUCACCAACCCCUUCACCAUUCGGACCGGGGACCGCUACUUCUUUGGAGGUUGUCCAAAGACUAAUAACACCAUAAGGAAGUGUGAGACCAAGCUGAACCACUUCCACGGUUGCAUGCAGCACAUCUUUAUAGACAACGAACAACUUGAUAUCGACAUUAUUCUGCAAAGACAGUGGGGACGCUACGCUGAGCUGCUGUUAGGCACCUGUGGCAUCACUGACAGAUGUACUCCAAACCCAUGUGAGCACGAAGGAAGAUGCAUCCAGUCCUGGGACGACUUCAUCUGUGUCUGUGAGAACACAGGCUAUAAAGGAGAAGUGUGUCACAUGUCGGUUUAUAAAGAGUCAUGUGAGGCCUACCGCCUCAGCGGCAAGUACUGGUCGGGAAACUAUACCAUCGAUCCGGAUCUGAGUGGACCCCUGAAACCAUUUGAGGUGUACUGCAAAAUGAAGUCCUAUAAAGCGUGGACAGUAAUAAUGCACGACCGUGUGGAAGGCACCAAAGUGAGUGGGAGUUCGAUAGACCAGCCAUACAUCGGCAGUGUCAACUACUGGAACGCCUCCUGGGAUGAAGUUACUGCUCUGGCCAACAUCUCCAUGUACUGUGAGCAGUGGAUCGACUACUCGUGCUAUAAGUCUCGUCUGCUCAACACCCCCAAUGGGAGGCCUUUUGGUUUCUGGAUUGGCCGCAACAACGAGUCUCAUUAUUACUGGGGUGGAACGUUCAGAGAAGUCCACAAGUGCGGCUGUUACAUUAACCAAACCUGCGUCGACCCCAAGUUUCAGUGCAACUGUGAUGCAGACUAUAGGCAAUGGUACAAUGAUAAAGGCUACCUGGACUUCAGAGACCAUCUGCCUGUGAGAAAGGUGGUGGUCGGUGACACCAACAGGACCGGCUCCGAAGCACGCUUCACCGUCGGACCCCUCCGCUGCCAUGGCGACAGAAACAUCUGGAACACCAUAGCAUUCACCAAACCCACCUACAUAACCUUCCCCACCUUCAGGCCUGGCUCCAGUGCAGACAUCUCCUUUCACUUCAAAACCUAUCGUGACCAUGGCGUUUUCUUGGAGAACUCGGAUGACCAGCUCCGGAACUUCAUUCGAUUAGAGCUCAACACCACCCAUAAUCUGGUGUUUGUGUUCAUGGUUGGUGACGGGAUUCUUAACGUGACCCUACGCUCUCCCGUGCCGCUCAAUGACAACGAGUGGCACUUUGUUCAGGCCGAGAUUAACGUGAAACUGGCUCGCAUCAAGGUUGAUUAUCAACCUUGGGCUGUGACCCGGUUCCCAGGUCAAACCUUUGUCACCAUGCAGUUUACUCAUCCUAUACUAGUAGGUGCAGCCAACCGGACCCUGAGACCUUUCUUGGGGUGUCUCCGAGGACUGCGGAUGAACGGCGUGCCUAUUGACCUAGAGUCUAAAGUCAAUGAGGAGCAGGGUAUAAGGAGAAACUGUACUGGGCAGUGUCUCAAUGCUACCAUACCGUGCAGAAACAGCGGCCAGUGCAUUGAGGGCUACGCGGCCUACACCUGUGACUGUAACAACACAGCCUUCGAUGGUUUCUACUGUCAUAAAGACAUCGGCGCCUACUUUGAAAUUGGCUCAUGGCUGCGGUACAACAUAAAGAAGAAGCCUGUGUCCGACGAGGCGAUGUGGGCCACCUGGGUUGACCCGCAUUACGACAACUUCAGCCUCGGCUACAACGACACGGCGGACGACAUUGAGUUCAGCUUCAGCACUGUCCACACGCCGGCGGUGUUGCUCUACAUCAGCUCCUUUGUCCAGGACUACAUCGCUGUCAUCCUCAAGAAUGAUGGCAGCGUGGAUUUGCGGUAUAAGCUGGGACUCAUAACCCACAAGUACGAGCUGACGCGUAGGAACCUUGCGGAUGGUUACCCCCACUACGUCAACAUAACCAGACACAACAGAACCAUCAAAACACAGGUGGAUUACAUGGAGCCCAUUGUUGAAAAGAUAACGCUGGUGGAGGAUGCCAGGUUUGACUCACCCAAGUCAAUGUUUCUGGGCAGAGUAAUGGAGGUUGGUGACAUAGACUAUGAGAUCCAGAGACACAACGCUCCAGGCUUCAUAGGCUGCAUAUCAGGAGUGAGGUACAACAUCUACGCCCCGUUGAAGGCUCUGUUUCGACCCAAUGAAACAGAACCUCCGGUGACAACACAAGGCUACGUCUCCGAGUCCAACUGCGGUGCCUUCCCGCCUGUGCUGGGCUACGUACCGUGGGAGGUGGACCCCUGGUUUACUGGCAUAGAGUAUUUUUAUAUCCAUGAUGACCUGGGUCUAUUUUGGAUAACAGUCAUCGUCCUCCUGGCGCUGCUGCUGCUCUUCUUCGGCCUGUACAGCAUCUACGUCUACGCGUAUCAGCAGAAGGGCAGCUAUCUCACCAACGAGCCCAAGAACCUGGAGUCUCCCAGCAGCUCCAGGCCGCUGACCGAAACCCUGCGGAGAGAAAAAAAGAACCUCCCGGAAAUUGAAGAGGAAUUCAGGAGUGACUAGCAUCACAGGACCUGUGGGAGGCGGGUUGGGUUUCGACUGGGGACAGGGGAGCGGGAAAUAGCACUUACAACAACCAUAGAUACCUGUUUUAGGUUUUCUAAUUAUUUUAUUUUAUUUAUUUCAACUUUCCUCGGUUGAGUGGGAUCUGAUGCCUGGUGCUCCACAUUGUCCGUAUCUCGGCGAGUUCGACGUUCAAAUCAAGCCCCGCGUUGCGUGAGCAGCCAGCAAGUCUCACACUGUGUCACAGGGUGAAAAACUGAAGUGCCUCAUCUGAGCAAGCUUGACCCCAGUUGACCACGCUAGCUUAUUCAGAUCGGGUUCGAGUCGGACACUGGCAGGAAAGGAUUUCAAAGAAUGUUUUACUGCAGCUCACACAUCAGAAUUAAAUAAACUGUAUUGAUUUUCUGAGCCAUUUUUAAAACCUGCUAAAACCGUCGUCAUCUCACUUUGUCAGUUUAUCGUAUCUAGGAUCUAUAGUUUGAUUAAAAUCGACCAUGGGGUUAUUUUUGACAUAGCUCACACACAUACGGGGUUCGAGCACAUCUGAGAGCUUGUUUUUGUACGGAAGUGAUGAGUGCACAACACUUGAGCAUGGAGCUUUAAAAUGUGAGAUGAUACAUACUGUAAGGAUUGUAAAGGGUAUAUACUGUACGCUUAUGUUUAUAUUUCAGCCUAUAACAGUGCAUUAGCCAUACACAACAGCACAGGCUGGCAGCAGAUAUACAGUAGGAGCUUUGCCAAUUCCAGGAUUCUCACAUUCAUAAGUGUAGAAGUCAAAAUCAAUUCAGUGAGAUGAUGGCUCACAUGGACAGAGUGACCUUGAAGACCUUUCCCCGAGUUCUCCUUCCUUUGGGUCGUGUGGUUGCUCAUGUUGUUGUCAAGCUGCCAAUAGCUCGGUGCUACAAAAAUGUUUGACUUGUCGGACAUCUCUAACAAGAGCCAGUCUUCUUCAUCCUUUCAGUUUCCAGCAUUUCCAGGAACUAGCUGCUCCCUGCGGCCGUGCGGCGAGGCGUAGAUACGAACACACACAAGUGCACACGCGACCACAUACACACAGAGGACCACAAGAGCGAGUUUUACUUCCGUUCGAGUUUGUUUUUUAAGCUGUAGGACAGUUGAUCGUGCUGUCAUCGCUGCUGCUGCUGCUGCUGCUGCUAUGUGUUUAGUUGCUCUCCUUCUCCAGCGGAAGGACAUCUGAUUGGAUGCGUGGCGCAGCCAAAAGCUUAGGCCUGCAACUCUCACCCAUACUAGAACACUAUUGCAUAUGUGAAGAAAAUAGCAGAAUGCCACACAUCAGCUAUGCAUAUACAGUAUAGAGCAUGAGCGCACUUUGCAGUAACAUGCAAUAAUAUGAGCUUAUAUCGGCCACCAGUGAUGUUGAUGUCUCAGUUUAGUUUGCAAAUAGGAUGUAAUGACUGUAUACGUAAAAACUGUGUUAGGCAACGUUUUGAAUCUUAUUGUUUAUGCAAAUCGAGUUGAUGGAGUGAUCUGAAUGUAAAACCUCUGACUCUGUAAUGUACUACCAGACGCUACAGUAGAGAGAGCUGCUCUCAUGCUUCCAUUGUAAGCUGCUUGGCACUGAAAGUCAAAUUACUCAUGGUAGUUUUUUUUGUAGAAUGCUCAGGAUAAAGAAAGUACAGUACCUGCUCUCUGUGUAGUACAACUCCAAAGGUAACUUUGUCGGUUUCUUCCUUUACAGACGUGCAGGACUGUGCGAAUUUGUACUGUACAUUGACAGGUUGUACAGUAGAUGUAAAAAAAAAUGCAUAAACUGUAAAGGCGCGACUUGUUACUACUAUACGAAAUAUGUACAGAUUCAAAGCUGACGUUUAGAAGCUAUAUUUUUGAGAAUGUUCAGUGAAGAUGAAUGAUCCUGAAGAAUGAACAGAGCAGAGCGGUUUGGUUGUGUUGUUCCACAGACAAUCACCAGUCAAAGUCCAUAUUAUACUGUAUACAGCUCCUCCUGAGGGUUUGUCAACUAUCUAACCUUCCAUUACUCUAUUUAGGCGCAAAUGUGACUUUAAACAUUAUUAUAUUUUCAUGCAAGUCAUGAAACUAAAUGAAGGAUCCAAAUAUUUCUCAGAUUACAAGGAUCUCAGUGACAUCUCUUUCAUAUGGGGUUCCUUUACUCAGUUUUGUGGAUUUGCAUGAAAAUCAGAUCACACAUUAAGUCAUAUUUGUGCAGAACUAGAGUAAAUAUGUAGAGAAACAUUUAGCUUUUUAUUGUCACUUUCUAGCAACUCACUUGUUAUUUGUGUAGCGUGGUCCCUGGAGCGUGUGCAUGUGUGAUUGACUGGGAGCAAAGGAGGAGGUGCUGUAUUUGUAGUUUGUCCGGACAGCCGCUACUUCAGUAUGAAACAAUAAGUCAUAAUAAAAGUCACCAUGUGCAUCGAUAUCAGCUGUCCAACUCACUUGUGCGUCGGUGAAGCGUGACUGGAAGUUAGAGGUUUAAUGCGACCCGACUACAUGCACUGGAGCCAAUGCUGUGGUCCAGCAGAGGGAGUAGACGAGCAAGACGCUGUUGGCUCAGACAGGAUGUGUGAUGAGUUCACAUCAUGUACUGGAGGUGCUACGAAUGCUGGUUCACUUCAGCUGAUAGGGAAACACACAGUAUGUGAUAGUUAAUUCACCACAAUGUCAAUCUAGUGAAGUCAAGGACCAGAGUGAAGAGCAGGCAGGUUGGUUAAGACUCCACUACACCAUCAAUCUGUAUCCUUCUGCAAGAUGUACCAGAAAUAUCAACAGCUGUGUUUGUGAUCACACUGAAACUUAGGAUAUUCUUUGUUCUUCGAUGAGCUUGACUUUUGUUUUGUUACUACUUCCACUGUAAAUGACCAUUACUGUGUUUAAAAAAAGGCACAGCCAAACUGUCACCUCAAUAAAAGAAGCUUGAAAUAAA